GUCGACGGCAGCCCAUCUCCACGUCAGAUCGAGGGAGGGGAAACGCGACGAGAAAGAGCGGUGCUGCAGCGGAAUCGAAUCCCCAGCUCCACGCGCCGCCGACGUUCGAGGGCAGAGCCAAAUCCGCCGCCGCCGGAGCCGGAGCCGCACGCCUUGGAGGAUGGUGAGCGCGUUCUUCUAUUUUUGCGGGUGCGUCGACCAGGCGAACGUGGCGGUGGUGGAGAAGUGGGGCCGAUUCAUCCGCCUCGCCGAGCCGGGCCUGCACUUCUUCAACCCCUUCGCGGGCGAGUGCGUCGCGGGAACGCUCACCACCCGCGUCCAGUCCCUCGACGUCCGCGUCGAGACCAAGACCAAGGAUAAUGUCUUUGUCCAGCUGAUCUGCACAAUCCAAUAUCGAGUUGUCAAGGAAAAUGCUGAUGAUGCGUUCUAUGAGUUGCAGAAUCCCCAACAGCAAAUUCAGGCCUAUGUCUUUGAUGUGGUUCGAGCCCUAGUUCCAAGAAUAAAUCUGGAUGAUCUUUUCGAGCAAAAGAAUGAUGUGGCCAAAUCUGUACUUGAGGAGCUUGAAAAGGUGAUGGCAGAUUAUGGCUACAGCAUUGAGCACAUUCUCAUGGUUGAUAUCAUCCCUGACGCUGCUGUGCGUAGAGCAAUGAACGACAUAAAUGCAGCCCAAAGGCUUCAGCUUGCGAGUGUCUACAAAGGAGAAGCAGAGAAGAUUUUUUUGGUGAAGAAAGCGGAAGCAGAAGCAGAGGCAAAAUAUCUCUCUGGUGUAGGCAUUGCCAAACAACGGCAGGCAAUAACUGAUGGCCUCAGAGAGAACAUCAUGAACUUCUCGCACUCAGUAUCAGGCACCAGUGCGAAAGAAGUCAUGGAUCUGAUCAUGGUCACGCAAUACUUCGACACCAUCAAGGAGCUUGGGGAUGGCUCGAAGAACACAACGGUGUUUAUACCUCACGGCCCAGGGCAUGUGAAGGAUAUCAGCGAGCAAGUCCGGAACGGCAUGAUGCAAGCAUCAAGCGGCAAUGUGUAAAUCACUGUUCUCCACGGUACACGGUUAGGGGUGCUUCUGUUUAUAUUAGAUUGUUAGUGGUGAAUAACGGGUGCUAAAGACUUUCGGUUGCGCAUCUGGAGUUAUUUAGGGUCAUAAAACUACUGCAGAUGAAUUUGUGUAUAACCUAAUGACACGGCAUGUUCAUUUCAGCUGUAGAAGCUAUGUUGAUUUGUAUAAGUUGGUGGGCGUAUUCGUAUUUUGAUUUUUCGCUGCAUAAACUGAAACUAAGUAUCACGUUUGGAAAACUUGUGAAGAGUUAAGGUCGUGUAA